CUCUCUAGCAUUCCGCUCCUCCCCCCUCCCUUGCUUUCCAUUCCUUUCAGCUUGUCUUCUGUCUAGUCAUUUUUUGUUUCAGGUCUUCUGUCUUCACCUUCAGUCUUUCUUUACAACUUACCUUUUUUCUAUAAUUGUUUCUACACAGACUUUCUGAACCCACAAAUUCUUCAGACUGUCAUUCUUUGACCAUGGCUGACAAAAGUCGUAUGGUAAUGCGAAGAAAAGAGAGAAAAGACAAAGAAGCAACUGAAAUGACCAAGGAUGUAAAGGAAGAGAAGAACAAUGGAGAGAAGACAGAGAAUAAUGGAGAAGUCCCAUCAGCUGAGGCAGCAGCCACCAGUGGUGCAGUAGCUAAUGGUCAGAAUGGAGAUUUUCAGGUAGAGCCAAUGGAACUACCUCCUUUUGAAAUCAUCACAGGGGACCGGAUUGAUCCUUUUGUCUUUAAGUUCCAGUUCAAGAAUGUGGAAUACUCCUCAGGCCGCAACAAGACCUUCCUGUGUUACCUCGUGGAUCAAGGGAACGCAGCUGAAGGGCUGCUGAGGGGCUAUCUGGAGGAUGAGCAUACUGGCUCUCAUGCUGAGGAAGCCUUCUUCACACAGUGCCUGCCACACUACGACCCUGCACUCAAAUACACAGUCACCUGGUAUGUUUCUUCCAGUCCCUGUUCUGCUUGUGCAGAAAAGAUAGCUGAAGUGUUGAAGGCCAGGAAAAAUGUCAAGCUGAGCAUUUUUUCUGCUCGGUUGUUUGAGUGGGAGGAAGCAGAGAUCCAGGCAGGGUUGAGGGCCCUGCAUGCUGCUGGCUGUAGACUGAGGGUCAUGAAGCCUCUGGACUUCUCCUACACCUGGGACACGUUUGUGGAGAAUGAGGAGGAACCUCUGAAUUUGUGGGAGGACUGCAAAGAAAACUACGAAUAUUACAACGAGAAGCUGGCUGACAUCCUACAAUGACCACGGGAUCCAGUACAGAGUGUGUGCCCCCAUUACUUCAUCGCCAUUACUUCUUUACAGAUGAUUCAUGUUGAUGUCGUUGUUGUUGAUAGGUAGUGAUACAUUCAUAGUUCAUAUGGAUCUGUGAUAGGAUGGCUUUGUGUGUAUAAAUCAGUGUGUUGCCUUUUCUUGUGUGUUAGUGCCCACAACAUCUGGCAGUGAUCACCACAUCUCGUGUCCCCUCUGGGAUGGUCUUGCUUUCAGACAUUAAUGCUUACACUAUUUGUUUGGUAUGUUUUUGUUUGUUUGUUUCUUUGUUGGGUUUUAUUUAGGGAUGGGGGGGUAUAUAUAAAUGACAGAAGGACAUACUCCUGUCAUGUAUAUAGAAGACAGAAGAAGCUGGUUUUCCAGAUUCCUCCCCAUUCAGAGUUACCUCAACAGUGAAGGAUGAAUCCACUUUAGCUUGAGGCUGCCUGCAUUUAUCACUCUCUGUUGGGCUUGGUUUGUUUGUGUGUAUGUGUGAAUGUGUGUGAGACAACUGACUCUGUUAAGAUGAGCACUGUGGGAAAGUGAUGGGAUUAAAAUGACUUCAUUACACCUUUGGUCUACUGCUCAGUUCACACUGUGACAGUUCAGUUUAAAACUGCAACUGAAGUAUCCCACUGAAUGUGAUUCAUAUCUGUUUACAUGGACAGAACCUGUCUGUUUAACCUGUUUGGAAACUCUGGGUAAAAAAAAAAAACACCUGGGAUGGAACUGACAGCUUCUUAGUUUGACCCUCAACAAGAAUAAGCCGUAAGAAGAACCAUAAGACAACUGACACACCCUGAACAUGUGGCUUUCUGGGCCAGCAAUGGAGAAUCUGCGCAAAGAGCAUUUCUGAUGUGUUUUUUCUUCACCUGUCUCACGCAAGUCUGAUGGAACAGAUAUUGGAUGGACACUCCUCCAAGUUGGUUUUCCUGGGUUUGUGUAUUGGGCUCUGACUUCUUCCAAAAUGCAGGUGACAGAUGGAGCACUGAAGUGACUGCAGCUGCUCUGCUAACAUGCUGCUCACACUAUACCUCCUGUGCAGACAUGGACUCUGGGGCUAAUCCAGCCUUUUUUUGUUUAGAGUACAUAAUCUGUUCAUAUCCAAGUCAUGCAUCUGUAUUUUUCCAUUGCCUUUUGCCUUUCUCCUCUGU